AUGUGUACGGUUUGUCUUUUGUUGGAACAAGUUGAUGUUGUUCUUGGAAUGAAUUGGUUGGAGUUAAACCAAGUGUUUACCAAUUGUUUCGAUAGGUCGAUACAGUUUCUUGAAUCCAAAGAGGAUGUGGAUUCGAGAUUCCUAGCUACUGGUACAAUUGGGAUGUCUUUGAGGGAGAACGAUCAGGUAUUGUUGAGAUUUUCUUAUCGGAGAGUAGGGAGAAAUGUGAAGGAUAUUGAUAUGAAAGUGCAAGUGAGAGAGACCAUGAAGGAUGGGGCGCAAGUGUUUGUGAUGUUAGCUUCAUUGGAAUUCAAAGGCAAGAGAGUAGUUCGUGAUCUUCCUGCAAUGUGUGAAUUUCUGAGGGUGUUUCCUGAAGACAUUGGUAAUUUACCACCAGACCGAGAGAUUGAUUUUAGUAUUGACUUGGUACCCGGUAUUAGUCCUAUUUUUAUGGCUUUGUACGAAAUAUUUGCUUCUGAGUUGAGCGAGCUAAAGAAAUAG